AUGUCGACACCAUUGACGAACAUCAGGGUCUUCGUGCAGUGGUCGGAGCAGACCGUGUUCGCCGGCGAGGAGAUUGAAUGCCAAAUCACCUUCAAGAAUAUCGCCGACACGCCUUCGCAUCCACGAGCAUUCUUGCAUCCUCAAGCCGCCAAUGGUUUCGUCACCGGCGAGAGAUCGGAUAGACAGCGGAAGCCACUACCCCAGAGAAAGAGCAAUUCAGCAAUAAGCUCACGCGGCACACCAACGACUCGAGGGCAUCGUACUACAUUAUCGUUGAGCACCCCAAGCGUUUCUGCUAGGUCACAGCCUCCUCCCACACCAUGGAAUACAGCUACCCAGAAGGUUUCAAAAGAAGGGCACACACAUAAACGUUCAGUAUCCAUUAUCUCUAUUGGGCAAAGCGAAUCUGGAGUGGAGGACAUCAACAGCCACGGCAGCUUAGUUGAAAGACCAAGGGGCCCAUCAAAGGGGCACGGCCGCUCUGCGAGUCUGCAGAUUGUGCCACGCAGGAAUGGAGUCAAUGGAGGGCCGCCAUCAGCACCAAUAAAUCAACGGUCGUCCACACACCCUUCACCUCUCAACUUUUCCUUCUCUCCAGCUGGCCAAGAUGUUGAAUUGCCCGAGAGGCUAUCUAGGAGGCGGAGUGGAGUAGCGACGGCUCCUGGGACACCUUCUGCGCUCCGCAAAGGGUCUGCAUCAUUCUCUCAAAGCUUUAAGUUUCCAGCGACCGCAAUAGGUACCGCAGAUUCAAGAUCAGUGGACCACUUCGUUAGAGAAGGUGAAUCUCAUUAUGUUCAGGAAAGUCCUCGGCUACUGUCUCCGAGAUCUAGGGAUGCUGUGUCUAUCAUGCCAGUCAUAUCGGACCAAGCAGCACGCGUAUUAUCUCCUGCUAGUGUCGCGGGCACGCCUCGAAGCAGCGGCGAGUUUUACUCGCUCAGCAACAAUUCAACAGAGACGUUAGCAUCCGAAUAUGUUCCCCAGCAAUCUGGCCGAUUACCCUCAUACGGGGGCCAUUCAAGAAGACCAUCAAACAUAUCGCCCGUCAACCACCAUAGACCACCCGAGACACUUAUGAUGGGCUAUGCGCAAAUACAUGGGUCUUUCGUUCUAGAUGCUUCUCUGAUCAACCAAGCACCUUUUGAUGAGGUGAAACGGAAAGGAGCUGUUGGCGGUCAAGGUGGUGGCGUCAUUGGGGUCGAGAGCCAUAAACGCGACAGUGGACUACUCCGCAGUUUUGGAUGGGGCAAUAUUGGGGAAUCGCUCGGCGGAUUACUUGGCGGUGGUGAACUCAGCAGUAUCAAAGACAUGAGAGGUAUCGCUAGCUCGCGGUCGAUACCACUCUUAUCCACACCACAGUCUAUCCUCUUUGUAGAUUUACGCCUCGGUCCUGGGGAGAGCCGGUGCUUCAAAUACUCCUUCAAGCUGCCUAGAGGUCUACCCCCCAGUCAUCGCGGUAAAGCCAUUAAGAUAUCGUAUAAGCUGGUGAUUGGCACGCAACGUCCUGGUGGUGCCAGGGAGCAACAAGUCAAGUCGGUAGAAGUUCCCUUUCGCAUAUUAGGGAGUGUGAACACACAUGGCGAGCUCCUAGGCCAUGAUCUAUUAUCUCCAUAUAUUAUUCUUCGCGAUCAGGCCAAAGUUAAAUCUAUCGAGGCUCCUAAGCAAGCUAGCCAGGAUGCCUCUAUAGAGUUACACAAUAAUUCUGCAGCAAAACCAAACGAAUCAACUGUGGACGACUUUCUCUCUUACGUGGAUGACUUAUUAUCCAGACCACGGCAGAAUUCCAGUCUCGGUCUUCUUUCACCCACAGAAGCUCCCAGGUCUCGCCGACAAUCAACUAUCGAGGAGCCUGGCACGGUAAAGGAGGCUAUAGACAUGGCAAUCUUACGAAGCAAUAAUGCGACGGAGUCUCAACAAAGUGCUAACAGAUUCGACAUUGCUCGUGGAGGGAAACGCGUUGCCGUGGUCAUGCUUGCGAGACCGGCUUACCGGCUUGGUGAGGCCAUCACUGCAGCUAUUGACUUCACGGAUGCCGAAAUCCCUUGCUAUGCCAUCCAUGUGGCGCUUGAAACAUCAGAGAAAGUAGACAACUCGAUUGCCUUGCGGUCAGAGGCAAGCAUCCUCCGAGUUACCCGCAAAGCUUAUGUCUCUCAUUCCGAGUCGACGUUGUUUGCACGACGAGUUGUCUUUUGCCCCACUAUACCGAUUACAGCUACGCCUGAAUUUAUAACAAGUGGUGUCAGUCUCGAGUGGAGAAUUCGCAUAGAAUUCGUUACACCUCGCUUGGCUGGGGGGGAAACAGACGCAGAUCACGCAGAUCUUUUAGACGAAGUAUCUAGGGACGACCGAGGAGUCGUCUUGGCAGCGGCAGAGGCGCUAGACUGCGAGAGUUUUGAAGUAGCAGUUCCUCUCAGGGUAUAUGGCGCUCUUGCAGGAAAUCCAGAGCGAGAUGAUAGUCCAUCGGAUGGACUUGUUGUAUAG